AUGAAUCCUCAGAUCAGUAAUUUGGCCAUCAUGUUGGUCAUGAUGCAACUUGCUCGUCGUAUCGAUAUGGAAGACGACAAGAAUAUCAUGUACAUUCGUAUCGCCUAUGGUGCAUCAGUUGCAGUAGCUUGGUUGAUCUACCAAUUAAUUAGACAAAAGAUUGUCGCAAAGAAUGAUCUAACUACUUUGAAGUACGUCACCCCUGCCGCUCCAAUGUCUGGUGAAGGUGAGAAAUUGGAAGUGACUACUGUCAGAGACUACGAUUUGAAAGAAGUCGAUAGUGCUAUUAAAUCGAUUUACACUGGUUUGGCUAUGAUGGGCUUUAUGCACUUGUACAUGAAAUACACAAACCCACUUUUCAUGCAGUGUAUUUCUCCUGUCAAGACUGCUUUGGAAUCCAAUGAAGUCAAAAUUCACUUGUUCGGCAAGCCCGCUUCUGGUGAUUUGAAGAGACCUUUCAAAGCUGCUUCCAUGUUUGGUGGAUUUGGCGGUGGUAACGCUGCCAAGACUGACAAGAAGUCUAUCGAAGAAGCUGAAAGGGCUGGUACUGGUGGUGUCAAGGCCGAGUAA